AUGAACUUUGACCAGAAGGCCGUGAAGUUCCUGGCGAACUUCUACAUCAAUGGAGGCAGACACUGGACCCACGGGCCCCUGAGGCUGACACCGCUCCUGCUCCCACAACCUGUACACAGGACUGUGGUGCUGUUGAAUCUGAAGCAGCAUCCCAGGGAGGAGGCCUGGUUCCAGCAGUCAACUGGGCCCCGGCAGCAGAUGCUCUCCUGGCCCGUCACCACCCAGGUCCUGCAGAAGCAGUUGCUGGGGCAGCGACCUCCCAUCCUGAUGGACCCGGACGUCCCUGGCCCUACCACGUACGAGGCGGCUGAUGCAUCCAUCCGAGAGCCCUCCUCACACCCCAACUUCAGUAUUGGCUGCAGGGCCCCUACCCAUGAGCCUGUGGUCACCACCCUUCUCCAGGCGCCGCUCCUGCUCCUUGGCGGCCGCGGGGGAACGACCGGCGCCGCGGCGGAGCUGGCCGAGCUGGAGGGCGCGGGGGAGCGGGGCGCGGGCGCGGCCCGGGGCCCGGCCGAGCGCGGCGCGGGGGCGCCGGCGGAGCGCGGCGGGGAUGUGGCGCCGAGCCGGGCGGGCGCCGGGGCCUCGGCCCUGUUCGCGGGGCUGCAGGACCUGGGCGUGGCCAACGGCGAGGACCUGAAGGAGACGCUGACCAACUGCACUGAGCCGCUCAAAGCCAUCGAACAGUUCCAGACGGAGAACGGCGUGCUGCUGCCCUCGCUGCAGUCGGCGCUGCCUUUCCUGGACCUGCACGGCACCCCGCGCCUGGAGUUCCACCAGUCGGUGUUCGACGAGCUGCGGGACAAGCUGCUGGAGCGCGUGUCGGCCAUCGCCCAGGAGGGCAAGGCCGAGGAGAGGUACAAGAAGCUGGAGGACCUCCUGGAGAAGAGCUUCUCCCUGGUGCGCAUGCCGUCGCUGCAGCCCGUGGUCAUGUGCGUCAUGAAGCACCUGCCCAAGGUUCCCGAGAAGAAGCUGAAGCUGGUGAUGGCCGACAAGGAGCUGUACCGCGCCUGUGCCGUGGAGGUGAAGCGGCAGAUCUGGCAGGACAACCAGGCGCUGUUCGGUGACGAGGUGUCCCCGCUGCUGAAGCAGUACAUCCUGGAGAAGGAGAGCGCACUCUUCAGCUCGGACCUGUCCGUGCUGCACAACUUCUUCAGCCCGUCGCCCAGGACGCGGCGCCAGGGUGAGGUGGUGCAGAAGCUGACGCAGAUGGUGGGCAGGAGCGUGAAGCUGUACGACAUGGUGUUGCAGUUCCUGCGCACGCUCUUUCUGCGCACGCGCAACGUGCACUACUGCACCCUGCGCGCUGAGCUGCUCAUGUCCCUGCACGACCUGGAUGUCGGCGACAUCUGCUCCGUGGACCCCUGCCACAAGUUCACCUGGUGCCUGGACGCCUGUAUCCGCGAGCGCUUUGUGGACGGCAAGCGAGCCCGAGAGCUGCAGGGCUUUCUGGACGGGGUGAAGAAGGGCCAGGAGCAGGUGCUGGGGGACCUGUCCAUGAUCCUGUGUGACCCCUUUGCCAUCAACACACUGUCGCUGAGCACAGUCAGGCACCUGCAGGAGCUGGUGGGCCAGGAGACACUGCCCAGGGACAGCCCUGACCUCCUGCUGCUGCUGCGCCUGCUGGCUCUGGGCCAGGGGGCCUGGGACAUGAUUGAUAGCCAAGUCUUCAAGGAGCCCAAGAUGGAGGUGGAGCUGGUCACCAGGUUCCUCCCCAUGCUCAUGGCCUUUGUGGUGGAUGACCACACCUUCAGCGUGGACCAGAAGCUGCCCACCGAGGAGAGGGCCCCAGCCACCUACCCCAACCUUCUUCCUGAGGCUUUCACCAAGUUCCUGCAGGAGCAGCGCAUGGCGUGCGAGGUGGGGCUGUACUAUGUGCUGCACUUCACCAAGCAGAGGAACAAGAACGCGCUGCUGCGUCUGCUGCCUGGCCUGGCGGAGACUUUUGGUGACCUGGCCUUCGGGGACAUCUUCCUGCACCUGCUCACUGGGGGGCUGGCGCUGCUGGCUGAUGAGUUCGCCCUGGAGGAGUUCUGUAGCAGCGUCUUUGAUGGCUUCCUCCUCACCGCCUGCCCGAGGAAGGAGAGUGUGCAGCGCCACGCCCUGCGGCUGCUCCUGCACCUGCACCAGCGUGUGGCCCCUUCCAAGCUGGAGGCUCUGCAGAAGGCGCUGGAGCCCACGGGCCAGAGUGGAGAGGCCGUGAAGGAGCUCUACUCCCAGCUGGGUGAGAAGCUGGAGCAGCUGGACCACCGGAAGGCCAGCCCUGCCCAGGCCACGGAGACUCCGGCCCUGGACCUGCCCCUGCCUGCUGUGCCUGCCACGGCCGCACUCUGAGGCGCCCUUGCACUGCCGUGCCACCCGCUG